AUGACCGACCAUGAUCCCAUGAUCCGCAAGCAUGCCUAUCGAGCUCUCAGAGAGAGCCCACUGCGCGAAGAAUACUUGUCAGAUCAAAAUGCCUCGCACGCACAAUCUUCCUGGUCUGUCGGUGAUAAUCUGCGUGGCACACAAUCUGAUGCCACUACUUUUGCCGCCUAUCCCUCAAUCCCCAAAUUCUCUCUGGACACUCUCCUCGGUCAACUGGAGAAGCAUUCGGACGCAGAUGUCAGAGAAUCGGCUGCAAAAUCCAUUGGAACCCACUAUCAUUUGACUGAUAGAGCUUUGGAUAUCUUAGAAUCCGGGUUGGGGGACCCCGCCAUGAAUGUCAAGGACGCCGUUGCUCGAAUUUUGGAGAAGCAAUCUAACCUGCCCGACAGGAUUUUAACGGCUCUAAGCUCUCGGCUUGAGCGUGACAUGGGGACGCGGAAAUCCCCAGGCUUCUGGCCCACUAGCACUUUGUACUAUACAGACCGUGUAACAGAUAUUUUGAAUGGCCAAAAAUAUCUGCCAGAAAGUAUCCUUCUCGCUACUGUUGCGCAGCUAAAACGCGGAACUGGGAGCACGUUUGGUGGACUGGAGCAGAUUUUGUGGAAACACGAUUAUCUAUCUUACCUUCUGCGAGACACAGAUGCCCUUCGAUAUGUUUAUCGUGACUGGAUACACCGAAGCAUGAUUCAGCAACUGGCUUGCUACGUUAAGGAUGAUGGUCUUCAUGUCAUUGCAAUGCAUGGGAGAAAGGUUCUUUCGUCUCCGUUAUUGAGCGCAUCAGACAUCCGGAUGAUCCUUUUCGAUGAGACCUCGGCCAUUGAAAGUCCGGCCACUCGAUGGUAUACGAUUUGCUAG